AUGUUCGCUCGUCAAUUAAUCCGCAUCCAUCAACUCUCUCGGGGUUUGGCUACCCAUGCCAACCCGGGCUUUGCCACACCAGCCACACUUCACCUGAAAUCGGGUCAGUCCUUCAAGGGAACGUCAUUCGGCGCUCCAAAAAGUAUUUAUGGCGAGACCGUCUUCUCCACGUCCAUCACAUCAUACACGGAGUCCAUGACGGACCCGUCCUACCGCGGUCAAAUCUUGGUGUUCACCACACCAAUGAUUGGAAACUAUGGUGUCCCAGCCAACACAGCGCCUUUUGACUCUAAAGAUGUUGGUGUUAUCCUCGAAUCCCAAGGUGUCCAGUGCGCUGCUGUCAUUGUCGGCGACGUCGCCGAGAAAUUUUCGCACUACACCGCCGUUCAGUCUCUUGCGUCUUGGUGCAAAAACCACAAUGUUCCAGGGAUUACUGGUGUCGAUACUCGGGCCAUCACCAGACUGCUUCGUGACCAAGGCACCACGUUGGGUCGUGUUGCUAUCGGCACAGACACACUUCUUCCCGCUCCACAAGAUCACGAGUACUGGGACCCUUCUCUUGAGAACCUCGUUGACCAGAUCUCGACCAAGGCUCCAUAUCAGCUGAACCCUACCGGCAGCAUCAAGAUUGCUGUCCUCGAUUUCGGCGCCAAGGCCAACAUUCUUCGUUCUCUGGUCAGGCGAGACGCUGCUGUCACUGUGUUGCCCUGGAACUACGACUUUAACUCCAUUAGAGACCAGUUUGAUGGUCUAUUUUUAACUAAUGGGCCAGGUGAUCCAGGUCACUGCAUGGAGGCUGCACUCAAAUUGCGUCAAACCUUGGAGGAGUGGGACAAGCCCAUCUUCGGGAUCUGCAUGGGCCACCAAAUUAUUGGGAUGGCCGCUGGUUUGGAUGCCUACCGGAUGACCUUUGGCAACCGUGGUCACAACCAGCCUGUACUGGCGCUGGCCUCUGCCGGAUCUAUCAAGGCUGGGCGCGUUUACGUGACGAGCCAAAACCAUCAGUAUGCUCUGAAGCUCCACGACCCCUUCCCUCAGGGUUGGGAGCCGUUCUUCAUCAACUGCAAUGACUCAUCUGUGGAAGGCAUUAAGUCAACCGUUGAUUCUGGAAAGAAAGUUUGGGGCGUUCAGUUCCAUCCCGAGAGUGCUGGUGGCCCUCUUGAUACAAUCGAAGUAAGCUUGAUAUCUCUUGAUUAG